AUGGGUCAGAUUGAUAAAUUCAGGAGAUUGUAUGAAGAAGAUUUAGUAAUAUUAGAAGAAAAGAGAGAACUAAAGGCUACUAUAAUUGAUGAAUAUAUAGAAAAAUUUUCUGCAAUAUCAUCUGCUCAUAAGUUACAAAUAUACAAUGAUCUUUCAAAAUCUCUCGAAUUGCAAAAACUUAUUGAAAUUCAAAAUCUUGAAAAAAAUAAUGAUGGUGAUGAAAACGAUGAAAAAAUAUUUUCAAAACAAUUUGUAAAUAUAGUAUUUAAAAAGCUGUAUGAGUUACAACUAACAGAAGAUAAUUUAUUAUUACAAUGA